CGCGAGAGAAGCACCCGCCUCCUUCCGCUCCUCCUCUCCCACGGCCACGCACACCUCCCCCUCCCGCGCCACCGCCACCGCGCUCGCGACCCCCACCUCCUCCCGCCUUCACACGAGAUCUCCGCGGCGGCUUUCCUCGCCGCUCAGCACACGCGGCGCGCGAGUGGAAGCGUGCCGGCAGCGGAGCCUGCACCGGACCGGCCGAGCGGGAUUCGCCGCGCGCGCGCACACGCGGUGAGCCGGUCACUAGGAAGGCGAGGGCGCGAGGCUAGAUCCACUUAUCCGCGAGAUCUCGCUACCAAGUUUCCGCAUCUUCCAGGGAGUCUGUGUUAAUAGGACGCGGAGGCGGCGUAUGAUCGUGAACUAGCUGUGUCCGCGGUUUUUAGUCCAUUUAUGCUGAUUCACUGGCGCUGUUGGUUUUUGUUGAUCUGGUUCUGGUGUGGGUAGCUAGUUGCUGAGUGCUGACAGCUGCUUAUAUUGCCGUUCGCGUUUUCGGCGUUCAGGGUAUUGGCGGGGACUAUUCAGAGCUCACACUUAUAGUCUGGGCUAGCUGCUGAUCCUGGUCGGUUGGAGGAGAUGCAAAGGAAUGGCGUGCUGGAAUGCAGCGUUUGUCACUCCAAGGUGGCAGUUCCGAGCCCCAGGAGUGUGUCGAGGGCCUAUGACAAGCACCGCAGCAAGAUAUCAUCCAAGUACCGUGCACUUAAUGUCCUUCUCGUGUCUGGGGACUGCAUCUUGGUUGGCCUCCAGCCUAUCCUGGUCUUCAUGUCGAAGGUUGAUGGGAAGUUUCAGUUCAGUCCUAUCAGCGUUAACUUUUUGACAGAGGUUGCAAAAGUUAUUUUUGCCAUUGUAAUGCUAGUAAUCGAGUCUAGAAAACAAAAGGUGGGGGAGAAGCCGCUUCUGUCACUUUCUACCUUUGUACAGGCAGCUCGUAAUAAUGUACUCUUAGCUGUUCCGGCUCUCCUAUAUGCCAUCAACAACUACCUAAAGUUUAUCAUGCAGUUAUACUUCAACCCCUCAACUGUGAAGAUGCUAAGCAACCUGAAGGUGCUGGUAAUUGCUGUUCUCCUAAAAGUUAUUAUGAGAAGAAAAUUCUCUAUAAUUCAGUGGGAAGCCCUUGCACUAUUGCUUAUUGGUAUCAGCGUCAAUCAACUACGCUCUAUACCUGAGGGAACCAAUGCUUUUGGCCUUCCAGUCACCGCUAUUGCAUACGCAUAUACGCUAAUUUUUGUUUCUGUCCCAUCAUUUGCCUCUGUCUACAAUGAGUACGCUCUAAAAAGCCAGUUUGAUACAAGCAUAUACCUUCAGAAUUUGUUCUUAUAUGGUUAUGGUGCAAUUUUCAACUUCCUUGGCAUCUUAGGGACUGUCAUAUUUCAAGGCCCAGAGAGUUUUGAUAUCUUUCGAGGGCAUUCGAGGGCAACACUGUUUCUCAUUUGUAACAAUGCUGCUCAAGGCAUUCUCUCCUCUUUCUUCUUCAAGUAUGCAGACACUAUUUUGAAGAAGUACUCAUCUACUGUUGCCACAAUUUUCACUGGUCUAGCUUCAGCUGCAUUUUUGGGGCAACCCUUGACCGUUAACUUUCUCUUAGGCAUCUCAAUAGUAUUUAUUUCAAUGCACCAGUUUUUCUCUCCACUAGCAAAAGUCAAGGAUGAAAAGCCAGCUGGAACAGUUGAGCUGGGAGAUUCACAAAAUCAUAGGUCCUCUGAGUCUUCUUUUGUAAAUAUGACUGCCGGUGCCACUGAUGAUGCAAGGCAUCUUAACGCAACUGAUGAGAGAAAACCACUGCUGCCAAUUUGAGAUUACAUUCAAGGUAGGUAUAGAAGAAAUUAUUUUUGCCGAGAGUAGAACAAAUGCUCUUUGUCAACUGUAUAAGCAAAAGAAUAUCUAUACAUGCAGAAUUCAGGCCACCUUGUUCCUCUGUUUUGUUGUUUUAUACCCCCACAUUUGGGGCCAAUAUAUGGCAGUAGGGCCUUCUACACAGCUAAUGUAUUAAUUGCUUAUUAUGUACCACAAUUCUUUCCCCCUCCUUUUCGGGGCAAAAUGAUAGUGUACAACUUUUGUUGCGAUUUUAAACAAAAGUCAAUCUGCGGAAGGUAAGACAGUUCAGAUCUUC